GUGGACUCGAACGUGUCAACGCGCGCCGCAAGUCUUUUUUUAAUGUAUACAUUUGAAUACCUGUUGAGGCUGCGCUUUGGAUGAUAAUGGGAUGUUUUCAUUUCUAUGCCACCAAGCGGAAAGAGAGAUUCCACUCUUUUGGAAUAUGUUUAUUAAUGCGCAGUGGACAUAUUUUGUCUUCACGUUCUUCUCUCCCCUGCGUGUUCUUCCUUGCGUUUAAUAUGUGAAGAUUUUAUUUGAUGGCAUAACCUGUUCACUCGCCUUAAAGCUUGAAUGAUGUAAAUCUUUUGAGAUGAAAAACGGCACUUUGGGGAAUAUUUGCUUGCCAAAGCGCGGCUCCUGCCUGUUGUUUGAGUCUGUGGAGGCACGCGCAACUUUACCGGGAGGUGGACCGGCAUCUGGAGGAGCAACCGGAGGUGGAGCCGGGGCUGUGGUUGCUGUGAGCGGCUUGAGAGGGCCACACUCUGGGGCCCAGGAGGGGCACCGAAGGAGCGGUCCCCAUAUUGGGCCAAUCUGUGGCCGGAUCGGACAUCCGGUAAAGCUGUUUGGAGAUGACGAAGACGGUGCUGAUGAUAAUGAUGGUGAAUGUUACCGGCUCCUUUCUGUAUUUACUUAUGUGCGCAGUAGUCUUUUUCACACCGUGCUCUUACUCGCACCCGCAGCCGUGCCAGGUUCUAAAGCGCAUUGGCAACACGGUUCGGGUCGGAGUUCUGCACGUGCACCCUCGCUUACUCCUUGACACAAGCAGUUCCGAUGUCUGGAAUAACGCGCGGGGUCCAACAGAGGCCAGAGACGGCCGAGCGCAUGUGGACAAGCCGCUUCCAAAAAGUGCCGUGGCGGAGUUCGGAAGCCUCCGGAGCAGAGGUUCCGCACCCAGUCAGCGGGGUGGAGGUAGGGGGAAAAUUCACGCACGGCAGCGGGAAGAGAAUGCGUCGUUGGAUAAUCGUUUAUUCGCACCCAGAGAGUCCGUACUUCUCGCGGUAGAGGCUGUGAACCGAGCCGGGAUUCUUCCCUUCAAUUUGUCCCUGGAGCUCGUCAUGGCUGUUGGCUCCGGGCUCGGCGAGCUUCCCGCCUUCUCCUUCACCUCCCCGGGAAGCCCCGAGGACGAGGACCCGCUGUCCUUUGUGGAGAGCGUUUGUCAUACGGUGGUCGUGCAGGGGGUCUCCGCCAUGGUGUCUUUCCCACGAAACCGAGACGAGUUUGUCAAGUUGGAGUUCGUGUCUCAAGCUCUAAGUGUGCCGGUCGUCAGUGUUCUCCCGAAAGAGUUCAAGCGCCAAAGUGAGAAUCCACUUCAUUUCCAAAUGGCCAUGCGGACAGUGGAGGCUCCAGCACCCCAUCUCUUAUAUGCCCUUUUGAUGAUGAAUGGUUGGUGGGACAUAAGUGUGUUGCUCUGCCAGGAAUGGGACAUAAGUGAAUUUAUUUUCCUCAUCAAAAAUAACACUCGUUUCCACCUGGGUACGUUUGUCAACCUGACAACUUCAACCUCUGCACUUACUUCAUCUUCUUUACCAAACUCAGGAGGCGCAUUAAGUAUCUCGACAGUAGCAGAGUUGCCAUCAUCAACAUUUUCCCACCAUUUGUCUUCAUCUGCUUCGACUUCCUCAGCCAAAAUGGAGCAGCAACAAGCGCUCAUGCGGCAGUUGGAGGCCCUGAGAGAGCCUUCAUCUACUGUUGGAGUGGUGACGUUCGGUUGUGAGAUUCGUGAGGUGCGUCGCCUAUGGGCGAUGGCCACUCGGAUGGCGCUUCCAGAAUACCAGUGGAUUUUAGGGGAUGGCCAGAAUGUGGCAGAAUUGAGAACAGAGGGAUUACCUCUUGGACUAUUGGCUCAUGGGGUCAUGGCAUCCCCUUCUCUGGAUCAGUACGUCCAUGAUGCUUUGGAGCUGGUUACACGGGCUAUUGGAAGUGCAGCCCAAGAGAAUCCUGCCCUGGCGCUCAUUCCUGGAACUACAAAUUGUAUGGAUAUACAACAGAGCAAUGGAAGCACAGGGGAAUUUUUGUCAAGAUUUCUAUCCAACACAUCCUUUGAGGGCCAGAGCGGCUUUAUAUCCAGAGAUCGUCAUAGCCAAAAUGUCAUCUCAGAGGCUCAUCACUACAUCUGGUCCCUCCAGCUGGACCCUCUGGGCCAGCCAACCUGGACGAGACUAGGACGUUGGCGCAGAGGGAAAGUUCUGAUGGAUCAGGGGGCCUGGACGAGCCGUCAGGGUUCUGGAGGGGGAGGAGACUGGCGCAGACCCACAAGGCUGCAUUUGCGGGUGGUGACAUUGGUGGAGCACCCAUUCGUAUUCACUCGGGAUGUGGAUGGAGACGGGUUAUGUCCUGCUGGCCAGUUGUGCCUCGACCCACUCACCAAUGACUCAUCAGUUUUACAAAGUUUUUUUCAAAACCUCGCAGGACCAAAUGGAUCUGUGCCCACAGACUCCAAGAAAUGCUGCUAUGGUUAUUGCAUUGAUUUGCUGGAGAAGCUGGCAGAGGAUAUGGGAUUCACUUUUGACCUCUACAUUGUUGGAGAUGGGAAAUAUGGAGGCUUGAAGAAUGGUCGCUGGACAGGAUUAGUGGGUGACCUGCUUAGUGGCGCUGCUCACCUAGCUGUGACAUCUUUUAGCAUUAAUUCAGCAAGAAGCCAAGUCAUUGACUUCACCUCACCCUUCUUUUCCACCAGCCUGGGAAUUCUGGUUCGCACCCGUGACACCGCAGCACCCAUCGGGGCCUUCAUGUGGCCCCUUCACUGGUCAAUGUGGCUUGGCAUCUUUGUCUCUCUUCACGUCACCGCUAUCUUCCUCACCCUCUACGAGUGGCACAGCCCAUUUGGUAUGACACCGCGUGGACGCAACCGAGACCGGGUCUUCUCCUUCUCCUCUGCUCUGAAUGUGUGCUACGCUAUACUUUUCGGGAGAACUGUUGCCAUCAAGCCCCCAAAGUGCUGGACGGGGCGUCUGCUUAUGAACCUUUGGGCAAUUUUCUGUCUCUUCUGCCUUUCUACCUACACUGCUAAUCUGGCGGCGGUCAUGGUUGGUGAGAAGACAUAUGAACAGCUAUCAGGGAUCCAUGACCCAAAGUUGCACCAUCCCUCUCAGGGAUUCCGAUUUGCUACAGUCAGAGAAAGCAGCGCCGAGGACUAUGUCAAAAAGAGUUUUCCUGAGAUGCACGAGUACAUGCGACGAUACAACGUCCCAGCAACUCCAGACGGCAUACACAAUCUUAAGGCCGAUCCCCAGAAAUUGGAUGCGUUCAUUAUGGACAAAGCUCUGCUAGACUAUGAGGUCUCAAUUGAUGCAGACUGCAAGACACUGACUGUUGGCAAACCAUUUGCUAUAGAAGGAUAUGGGAUUGGACUUCCUCAGAACUCUCCCCUCACUUCCAACUUCUCUGAGCUUGUCAGUCAGUACAAGUCGGAUGGCUUCAUGGACAUGCUGCAUGACAAAUGGUACAAGGUGGUGCCGUGUGGGAAGCGCAGCUUUGCUGUGACUGAGACCUUACAGAUGGGUAUAAAGCAUUUCUCCGGGCUCUUUGUGAUGCUGUGUGUGGGUGUGGCCUUAUCUCUGCUGACCACUAUUGCAGAGCACAUCGUGUACAAACUGGUAAUCCCGAGGGUCAAGGAGCCACGUUUCAAAUACUGGCUACACACUAGCCAGAGAUUGCACAGAGCGCUUAAUUCAGUCUUUGCUGACGACAAGCUGCAGACUAUCACCAAGCCUGAGAAGAGGUGCAACGAAGGAAACAACAAGUCAGCAUCUUGGAAUUCUGCAGAGCCCUCUCUCUACAACAGGCAUAGAGUUCCUGCAAACGAGGCCCACAAUGACUUGGAACACCCGCCCUCCCAGGAUCUUCCUUUACCACCACCAGCUUCUGCGUUUCCGCUUCACCAUUCUCUUCCUCUAAUGGACAAACACCUUCCCAUCGUGACCACCUCUAAUGGCCGCUCAAACCUACUGAGCCGCUUGUGUGCCCAAGGACAGGGAAGCGCCGCACUGGGUAUGACUCCAGGACCGUGUCUGGGUGUGGGAGACUCUGGCUCUGGGCUGGGUAUGGGUCGAAGUCCACUGGUACAGGAACUGUCAGAACUGGAGAACCAAAUCUCUAUGAUCAAACAGCAAUUGCAGUCAGCCAUGAGGAGGAAGAGAGAGCUUGAAAAGUACCAGUUAGAAAACCCACUAGCAAACCAGACUACACCUAGCCCAGCUACUGUGCACCAGCCUAACCAGCUCUCCCAGUAUACACAGUCGCACCAACAGACUAACCAACACCAAAACACACUCCCAGAAUUCUGAAACUUUCACCCAAUUUGCUGAGGAAAAACCUUCUUUGUGUGGUGUUCUUGGAAGAGGGUACACUCCUGGUAGAUGCAGCUAGAGCAUUUGAUGAUGAAUGAUGUUUAAAGGCUCAGGAGAACCCCCUCAAUGUUGGACUGAAGCGUUUAGCUUCGAUUAUAUCGUGUGAUCAGUCCCAAAAAAAUCAGUUAAUAAUUUCCCAAAAUGUGACAUGCAUUUGGCAGGGCGUAGUGGACAAUGAACUGUACCAACACCAACUCACUCCUUCCAUGCUUGUUGCAGUUUGUGGUGAGCUGUGUAAACCAUUCCCCAUUAUGUCUUUUGCAACUUUCAUUACCUUCAUUUUCUUUCAUCCCUUCCCUACUGCUUUGCUCUCUCACACCUUCCCCUCUAAGCCCUGCCUCUUCAAGGGAACAGAUUUGCUUUGCAGUGAUGAUAAGCAUGAUCCCAGAUAUGAAGGCCUGCAGGUAUUUAAGCCUAAUGGGCCAAAUCAUCUGAGUCUUGUGUCGUGGCUCACUGAAAGUGUUGAUGGCCUGAGCUUGAACCCAGCCGUUAAAGUCUUGGUGUCCCUUAGAUCUUGGUGAAACCUCGUCUGUUGGGAUCAAAGGAAAUUUGUCACCUUUACCAUUGAUUUUUUUUUUUUUCAGCUUUAUAAAUCAUAUGCCAUGGGUCUUUGCAUUUUCUGGUUAUCAUAUUGUCAGGUUGCCUGUGAACAUGAAUGAAAGUUUGGAAAGACUCAUUUAUGAAGAACUUCUUUGGUUUUUAUAGAAAGUUGCACUUCUUAUCACAAUAUAUUUAUUCUAGCAGUUUCACACAGGUCCCAAAGCACCUCUACUAUACUAAAGUAAUGACUUACCGCUUAAGUAGUGCUUGGCGAUAUGGCUUUGUACAUCAACAGAUGUAUACACACACGCACACUCCCAUUCCCCUCACACUCACAUAUAUGUUUUUUUUUUAAACAAAUAUCGAUAUUUGACUCAGUAUCAAAUUCGUCGAGAAAUCUUUAAAUAUAUGAAUAAGAAUCAGACCAAUUGUUUAGCGAAUAAUCAUAAGUACAGCAAAUGAAUAACUUUACCCUUCAUUUGGAUUUGUCAAAAUGAAACCCAGUCCAAUUCUUAAUUUUACCAUGUCAUGGGCAGUGUUGUCAUAGAUUACUUGAAAAAGUAACUUAAUUACUGAUUACGCCUCAAAAAAGUAAUCUAGUUACUUAACUGAUUACUUUAUUGUCAAAGUAACUAAGUUACUUUAAAAGUAAUUUAUCAGUUACUUUUUACCAUUUUUUCUCCCUUUGCUAUCUCAAUAUAGGACUGACAACAGAAAAAUGUCAUCGGAUGUAAUUGACUCUCCGAUAAUUGAAGUUAAAGGGGAAGAUCAGAAUUUUUCACGUAAGGCUUAAUCUUCGAGUUAGCAGAGGUUUAAUUAGUCGAUAGAGUUGAUUUCAACCACCAUUGACUCGCGCUAGCUUAGCCACUCUGGAGGCCUGAAAUCAAAUAACUGACAAACUGCGUGGAAUUUGUUCAAAUAAACUCCACUGACUAAUUAAACCUCGCUAAUUCGGAGAUUAAGCCUAAUGACAAAAAUUCAGAAUUUCGGGUUAGGGUUAACAGCAUAUCUGUGCCAAUGUAAAACAAUGGAAAUUGACUGCACAAUAAACAACAACACACAAAUGAAUUGCACAGUGGAAUAAAGACAAAGGUGGGGAGGGAGCGCGGAUGCGCGCGCACAACCCGGAAGUACGCCGUACCCACACACGGUCAAUUUGGCAACAAAGCGUGGCGGCAACUAAGCACUUUGCACUCAAUCAGACUUACAACACAUACCAAAGAUGCUAAACGAACACGUCACCUUACGGCACAAAUGUGCAACUAGAAUAUGAUGUAAACAGUGCUUACCAACUUGGAACGAUGACUGCCCGUCGUUGCAACGGCAAAGCUACGAAACAGCCACGCAUGUAGGGGGUCCAACUUAUCGCUGAUACACUCCAGAAUGAUAGAAAAAUGCUCACAUUCAUUUAUGGAUGUACACAGAUCAACAUCCCACAUCUCAAUACAAGGCUCGAAUCCGCACCCUCCCUGGCAGCCUGGCCUUUCUCAGUUCCAAAACACUUGGCGCGUGUGACGCAAGACCAAAACAGGAAGUAGCUGUGAGCAGUUACCAUGGAAACGAACUACCGGGAAUGUUUCUAGCGUUUUCUAUUCAAAAUGCUGUUCGUACAUGACUACAAUAUUCUUCAUUAUACAUACGUUAUGAAGCAAUGAAAAAAUAGUGACGCACAGACACUAAGGAAACUAACCUUAAUCAGAUUACUGGGGUUGGAAAAAUGAACGCGUUAGAUUAUUCGAUACUGAAAGAAAGUAAUCAGAUUACAGUAACGCUGACAACACCGAUCACGGGACAUGACUAACAAAGACUCUGGGCUGAGCAGUCAUCGCUCCUGCCUGACAGGCCUGUCAAGAAUGAGCUGUGACUGUCAGCUCAUAUAUUGUUGAUCAACUACUAUGUUAAAUUGAAGACCACAUUGUCGACGCCGCAAAUGUACUUUGGGGUAAUAUGCUUUAAUUUGGCAUAAAGUAGGAAUUGGAGUGACCCAAGCCUUCUAGGCUCCCCAUAGCCUAGAAAGCCCAUGGAGCUCUCCAGAUGGCAAAAUACGGGUGAAUCGACUUUGAAAAAUACUAAUGUUUACAGCUGCCGUUGAAUAUGUACAGAAAACACGAAGCCAGUUACAUGCUAAAUCCACGUUUUGAAUCAUGAACUGACACAAAUGCAAUGUUUGUUCAACCACCUGCUGAACGGUCCUUUCUAUGCAUAUUUUAGUUGAUUUAGUAUUUAAUCACCACAAUAUUAAUCAAUCCAUCAACCAACAGUCUUAUAACGGUACUCUACAUGUACAUUUUGCAUUAAAAUUUCAAACAUGUGAACAUACAGUAUUUAUAUACUGACAAGUCCAGUAAAAAAGUGACACACACGCCCCUCCUCUACGCCCGAAGAUAUUGGGCUACAGUAUAUUUUACCAUACCUCUCCAACUGUCUUCAUUUAGUAGUGCUGAAUGAGUGACUUAUCGAUUACUGAUUGCAAUGAGAAGCCCCCAUCACACUGCACCAUGUACAAGUUGCAUUUUGUUUAGAUUUAUCUUACAUUAACACAUCACCAAAAAUGUGAAAACUAACAAUAAAAAACACAGUUUUAACAUUCAACUUUAUUGCAUAACAAAAAACAGAAAUGCCAUUUCACAUAUAUCAAAAUUAAAACUGAUUGAAAAUGAGUGUCCAUUAAAAAUGUCAUGAUUGGCAGGUGUGAAGGACCCAAAAGAUGACUCAUAAGCACAAAGGCAAGUUCAGUCCGUUUAAUCACAAAAUUGACCCAAAAAAAACAACACAUUAAAAAAAAUAUGCUCGGGUACCAAAUCAGUCAGCUGUUAAAACACAAGGGAAUUUUUUGAAGAAACUAAAAGGCAGAUUGACAUAUAGAGGAACUCGGAGAAAGAAAAAAAAAACACUCAAAGGUUAUGCACACAGUGGUGACAAAAUGAACUCACACAGAGAAAUAGGAGUGAGUAAUUUGAAUACACAAGUAAGGCCAAACAACCCACUCAUUCAGCGCAGGGCUGUUGAAAUCAGCUCUAAAAAAUACUCCUCAAACAUAUAUUUUCAACCAUUAAAAAAAAUCUGUAUCACUGAUUGAUCAUUCUUUAAAAUGGAUUCACUAACAUUUGCUAUCUGGGUCCACAGUGUUAUCUCGGCUGGUGGCUCCUCCCAAUUCAUUUUAUGAAUCGCAGAAAAAAGAAAACCAUGAAUAUGAACUGUAUGAUAACAGAGUCCACACACACGGUAGAACACACAGGAUCAUUUUAACUUCCAUUUGGACAGGCCUUGAGCCAUCAAAUUGGCCGUUUACCAGUUCCAUUUCCAGGAGGUGCAGAACUCUGGAUAUGGCUGCCCAGGUAGACUCCACCUGUCCCCUUGGUUGUUGCUUUCACUUUUUGGGUAAUUAGGAGGCCAAUAAUGCGCAUUGCCACACAAUAUUCAAUUAAUCCAUAUGUAAAGUAGUAAGUUCACAGUUCAAACAUUUGAUUUUUGUAAAUGACAGACACUGUUUUUAGUUAACUACACUACAUUGUUAAGUCGGUAAAAGUCUCUCAGGCUUCGGGCUCGUCUCGUGGAGCAACAAAAUCUUGCAGUGUCAGGCCUAGACAUGUGCCGAUUAUCGGUUUCAAGGUAUACGUGGUAUGAAAAUGUCAAGGUUUCAAAACUGUGAAAAAAGUUCCGUCAUACCGCCCCUAUGUUAUUAGCUAUUUUUUAUGUCCCAAAAAUGGUAUGGAGUAAUCCCUUGCUUGUACCUGUAAGGCUCAACUCUCCCCCACAUGUUUUUGCUCAGUGUCAAUGAGUCAGCUGUGCUACACGAUGGCUGGAGGAGGUAAAACUCCUGAACUAUUUCCCCCAUCAAAUAAAACAAUAUCACUGGUAUGGGAAUACUUCGGAUACAGAAAAGUUACAGACAGCUGCAGUUUAAAGGAGGAGGGCCAACCGACAUGUAUGUAAAACCUGUUUGCGGAGGGUGGCUGCCAAGGAGGCAAUACCUCCAAUAUGAUUUCGCAUUUAUACAAAAUUAAAGUUUAGUAAACACUAGGGGUGUAACGGUACACAAAAAUCUCAGUUCGGUACGUACCUCGGUUUUGAGGUCACGGUUCGGUUCAUUUUCGGCACAGUAAGAAAACAAAAUGCAAAAUAUAAAUGUGGUAGUUGUUUUUUACACACUUUUGUGCUUUCAACAACAGGAACAUUUGCCUAUACAAAGCUAGAAUUCUGCUCAAAAAGCGGGUAUUUAAAGAUAAUAAUCCAACAACAAUUUGCCUAUCAGACCCAGCGUAUUGGUCUGCUUUCUUUCUGAAAGAAAGAAGAAAAAAGAAGUCCUGUGCUAUAGAGAAAAGCAAUCCCAAUGACAAAGAUUAUAACAUGUAUUUUACAAAUGAAAUGCCUCAAUGAAUCUUUUUUUUUUUUCUUAUGAAAGGUUUUCAAAAGCGUUAUUGGAUUUUCUCAAAGCACCACACAGAAAUUAAUACAUUUAAUUGUGUAAGCAGGAUCUGUGUAUUAUUAUUAUUUAAUUACAGGUGUUUUAGCUCAUUUCAAUGUAUUUUAUUUAAAUGGGCUAUCAUUUAUUUUAUUAUGUUUAUAUUUUACAAAUGUGAUGCAGUAUUCGUUUAUAUUGUAUAUUUUAUGUUGUAUAACUUUACUUCCUAUGUGAAUAUUAGUUCCUACUUAUUUUGUUGUGGUAGGAGGGUUUUGUAUUGAACACGGGGCCGGGUUGGUUAUUAUUAUAGUAGAGAAGACAACUGUAAAUCAAUAAAGACAAGUCAACCGUGCCCCGAUCUACCACUCAAGAGAGCUGAUGGACUCAAAAAGUGGGUUACGAUUGCAUAUUAGUUUGAAAAUCAACCGGAUCAACCGUAUUUUUACACGAGUGACUUCCGUUCUGCCCGAUCUUAGCUAGUAGUAUUGACGCAGGAGGGCCGCGUCUCACGUCAAAUAAUAAACUCUGCCGUUCUUUUCGCAUGUGUCAUGUUGAGCCACUUCUGGAACGCGUCUAACACGUGGCCGCACUGCGACUGGUGUGCAUUGGCUGAUUGACUUUAACGCCCGCGUUUCACUGUGUUCUCGCGGCGGCCAAGUUGUCGCGCUGUUGAAGUUUCUGGGUUAUAUACUGUCCUACUGUGUUGGUCCUCAUUAUAGUAGAGAAGAUGGAGUAAAUAUAAUCUACACACAGAAACUAUAACCCGAUCGACUCACAGCCUUGAAAAGUAAGGGUUACAUUACGUCAGAAACUCGUUCGGUACGCCUCCGGUCCGAACCGAGCACCCCGUACCGAAACAGUUCAAUACAACUACAUGUCCCGUUACACCCUCAGUAAACACUGUCAUGAACGUUUCCCACCAGCUACGAGACUUAACUCCAGCGAGUUUUAGUGUGUUUAGUGUUUUAAAACGUAGUGUUUUUUUCUGUCUGGCAAAUGUCUCUGUUGAGAAAGCGAGUGUAUGAUGUGUGUAAUGUAAAAAUGAUACGAGUCAUACACACGUGCUUUUUAUGGAAAAUAAUUCAAUUAUUUUUGUUCUGAUGGUGAUAAUGUUAAGCAGUGGCUGUGCGGUUAGUCUUACCUAAAGGACUGCGUUUAUUUUAAUUUUUAUUUAGAAUAUGUCACUUAUUUUUUUAUUUAUUUUAACAUUAUACUUAUGUUCCAAUUUUCUAAUCUGUUUUAAAAAAUAAUAAUCCUUUUCAAUGGGAAUAAUUUUUUUUUGUUUGUUUUUCAAACCCAGAUAUCUCAAAGCAACACAUUUUAGAGCUGUAAUUGCAAUACCGUGAAACAGUGAUAUUUUGUCUUAACGUUGUCAUACCAUCCAAAUAUCAUACCGGCACAUGCCUAGUCAGGUGUAAACACGAUAAAUAUUUUCCCACAUCGAGCUUUGCUGAAAUAGCGAUCAAAUCGAGCUUUAUGACACAUCGCCCAGCACUACGUAUAAGGUUUAAGAUCACAGAAUGUUGCUCCAUCAUGCUGAAAAAAAAAAAAGAAAAAAACUCAAGAGGUACUAUCAUCACCUGGGAUAGCAUCAAGCAUUUGAUGCAUUGUUAGUUGAAUAUAUUCUGCCACACAAAGCACCAGUCAACCUCUGGCACUUUUUAUUUAUUUAUUUAUUUAUUUAUAAAGAUGAUUUACAUCUGAAUUAAUCCCCCUGUGAUAAAACCUAAAUCUUGCAUCUGCUGUUCAAGUUUUGCGUUCUGUCAAUAAAGAUUUUUUUUUCAUUUGCGCAUAAUUAUUUCCGCGACCUUGAGAUUAAACAGAUAUCAACAAUUGCACUGUAGACUUUUGCAGCAGUGGCUUUAAGCAGACACAUUUUUCAGUCCUUGAAAUAUUUAUUGCUGAGGAUUGCUUGAUUUCACUCUCAGGUAAACUGAGAUUCACCUACAGCUAGACAUGCCUACCCGUCUAAAAACCCACGACUAUUAUAGUUUAAAAUAAUGCCGACGGCUACAUACCAACCCUCUCAACACUACCUACCUUGAACCGACAUUUGAUGUUUGCACUAUCCCUCGCUUACUUUGUAUAUUGCUUGGAGAGAACAAUUUGGACAAGGAGGCAGUCUGGGAAAAACCAAGGACUGCGACACACACAAACAGGCUCUUAUUUUUCAUCAGUGUGUCUUCAGGGUAAGCGCAAGCUGUCACAGUUGAAAUGAAUACCUGACAGUGUAGAAGGGCAAGCGCACUGACACAGCAACCAGCUUUCAUUGCGAAUCUGAGAGACAGAGAGAGGGGAAAUGCUGCUUUGCGCUGACGUGUAUGUCACUAAAGUUUAUAAGGCCUUGACAGAAUGACUUAACUAAAAACAAAACAAAGUGUCAGGUUUUAGCCUAUCUUCCGCCCCUUCUAAUCCCCUGUCUGAGGAGCUUCGAUUGAAGGGGAAAGCGCUACAUCCCGUCAUGCAACACUCACGAGGAAAAUAGUCAGUUUGAUUGCUAAAAACACGAGGCAACAUUUUGUAAAGAUUAUACCAGAUUGUCCUCUUUCAUUGUCACCAAUAUUUGAACUACAGUACCACAGUAGACAAUAGAAACUCCCUUCAAUUUCACACUUACUACACAUGGAAUCAUGUUUACCUUGUUCAAAUGUACAAUGUGUUUUAUAGUAUAGAGUAUAAGGUUAAAGAAUCAAUGAGUAUUUGAUUGCAUCUUUGGCUUGUCUAUUUUCCAGGAUGUUUUUUC